ACAGUCUUAGAGAGAGAGAAACAGUCUUUAGAGAGAGAGAGGGAAAUUUCUUCUCUUAUUCUUCUUCGUUCUUAUAACCCCCGUCUCCCAAAAAUUGAACUACACAGUUUUUUUCUUCUUCAUUUCUUCAAAUUCAAAAUCUUUCACAGAGAGAGGGAGAGCUCUGUUACUCAUAGAUCUCUCUACCAAUCUCUCUUUUAGGGUUCUUCUUUCUUCGAUCUCUUUGUCUCUGUGGAGUUUGAUUUUGUACUUUCUAAGUCUUUUCUCCCGAUUACUUGAGUUGGGUUUUUCAAAGCUCUAGAUCGUUGAUCUUGGGUAGCUUUCUAUGGAUGCAAUGGAGGCGAUCGAGGAGUUGGGAGAGUUGUCUGAAUCGAUGCGCCAAGCGGCUGCUUUGCUUGCCGACGAAGAUGUUGACGAGAAUUCCAACUCUCGUGCUUCUUCUCGUAGGGCUGCAACUUUCCUCAACGUCGUGGCUCUGGGAAAUGUUGGUGCUGGCAAAUCUGCAGUUUUGAAUAGUUUAAUUGGGCAUCCUGUUUUGCCCACUGGUGAAAAUGGUGCUACACGAGCUCCAAUUAGCCUUGAUUUACAGAGGGAUGGUUCUUUGAGUAGCAAAUCAAUUAUUCUGCAGAUUGAUAAUAAAUCUCAACAGGUUUCUGCAAGUGCAUUGCGACAUUCUCUACAAGACAGGUUGAGCAAGGGUUCUACAGGAAAGGGCCGAGAUGAAAUAUAUCUAAAGCUUCGCACGAGUACAGUUAUGGGCUAUCAUUUCUCAGAUUUUCAUUUACACAAUUUAAUUUCAGCGCCUCCACUGAAGUUGGUUGAUUUACCUGGGCUUGAUCAACGGGCCAUGGAUGAUUCUGUGGUUAGUGAAUAUGCCGAACACAACGAUGCAAUUUUGCUAGUUAUUGUACCAGCAGCUCAGGCUCCUGAAAUUGCUUCAUCUCGAGCCCUAAGAACUGCAAAGGAAUUUGAUGCAGAUGGUACCAGAACCAUUGGUGUAAUUAGCAAAAUUGACCAAGCCUCUUCAGAUCAGAAGUCUCUUGCUGCAGUUCAAGCUCUUCUGUUAAAUCAAGGGCCCACACGAGCCUCAGAUAUGCCAUGGGUUGCUUUAAUUGGUCAGUCAGUUUCAAUAGCUUCUGCACAGUCUGGAUCUAUUGGCUCCGAGAAUUCCUUGGAGACUGCAUGGAGGGCAGAGAGUGAGAGUCUAAAAUCUAUACUAACUGGAGCCCCUCCAAGUAAGCUAGGCAGGCUAGCUUUAGUUGAUGCAUUGUCCCAACAGAUCCGCAAACGAAUGAAAGUCCGGCUUCCUAAUCUCCUCUCUGGGUUACAAGGGAAGUCUCAAAUAGUUCAGGAUGAGUUGGUUAGGCUUGGUGAGCAGAUGGUGAAUGGUGUUGAGGGGACCAGAGCUCUAGCUUUGGAACUUUGCCGUGAGUUUGAAGAUAAGUUUCUCCAGCACAUAGCCACUGGUGAGGGUGCAGGUUGGAAAAUUGUUGCUAGCUUUGAGGGGAAUUUUCCAAAUCGAAUCAAACAAUUGCCUUUAGACAGACAUUUCGAUAUUAAUAAUGUGAAGAGGAUCGUAUUAGAAGCUGAUGGUUAUCAGCCUUAUCUUAUAUCGCCUGAGAAAGGUUUGAGAUCUUUAAUAAAAGGUGUUCUGGAGCUUGCAAAAGAACCAUCACGUCUCUGUGUUGAUGAGGUGCACCGAGUUUUGAUAGAUAUUGUUUCUGCUGCUGCAAAUGGCACACCAGGUCUUGGAAGAUACCCACCAUUCAAAAGAGAGGUUGUGGCCAUUGCUAGUGCUGCCCUGGACGGGUUUAAAAGUGAAGCAAAAAAGAUGGUUGUGGCAUUAGUUGACAUGGAGCGAGCAUUUGUCCCACCACAGCACUUUAUCCGUCUUGUACAAAGAAGGAUGGAAAGACAGCGCCGGGAAGAGGAGCUGAAGACUAGAUCAUCAUCAAAAAAAGGACAAGAGGCAGAACAAGCGGUGUUAAAUAGGGCAACUAGUCCUCAAACAAAUAAUCAGCAAGCUGGUGGAAGCUUGAAAUCAAUGAAAGAGAAACCUAGUAAGGAAGAGAAAGAAGUGCAGGAAAGUUCAGGUUUGAAGACAGCAGGUGCUGAAGGAGAGAUAACAGCAGGUUUCUUGUUAAAGAAAAGUGCAAAAACUAAUGGGUGGAGCAGGCGAUGGUUUGUUUUGAAUGAGAAGACUGGAAAGCUUGGAUAUACCAAGAAGCAAGAAGAGAGACACUUCCGUGGUGUAAUUACUCUAGAGGAUUGUAUUAUCGAAGAAGCAUCAGAUGAAGAAGAGCCUCCACCUCCACCUUCAAAAAGUUCAAAGGAUAAAAAGGCUAAUGGGCCAGAUUCUGGAAAAGGACCAAGUCUCGUGUUUAAGAUUACCAGCAAAGUUCCAUAUAAAACUGUUUUAAAAGCCCAUAGUGCCAUCGUUUUGAAAGCGGAGAGUGUUGCGGACAAGGUUGAAUGGACAAACAAGAUACGCAAUGUAAUUCAACCAUCCAGAGGAGGACAAACAAGAGGUGCACCCCCCGAAGGUGGUCUUACCUUGCGGCAGAGUCUAUCUGAUGGUUCUCUAGACACUAUGGCUCGAAAACCUGCUGAUCCUGAAGAAGAGCUUCGGUGGAUGUCUCAAGAAGUUCGUGGUUAUGUUGAAGCCGUUUUGAAUAGUUUGGCUGCAAAUGUCCCUAAGGCAGUUGUACUUUGUCAAGUUGAGAAAGCCAAGGAAGACAUGUUAAAUCAAUUAUAUAGCUCGAUCAGUGCCCAAAGCUCAGCAAGGAUUGAGGAGCUUCUUCAGGAGGACCAGAAUGUAAAACGGAGGAGAGAACGUUAUCAAAAACAAUCUUCUCUCCUUUCGAAACUAACGCGCCAGCUCAGCAUUCACGACAAUCAAGCAUCUGCUGCUAGUUGGUCUGAUGGUGGUGCAGAAAGUAGUCCCAAAACUAGUGGAUCACCUGGAGAUGAAUGGAGAUCUGCAUUUGAUGCUGCUGCUAAUGGCAGGGUUGACUACAGAAGGUCUUCUUCCAAUGGCCACAGUAGACAUUCUACCGAUCCUUUACAAAACGGGGACAUGAACUCAGGUUCGAACUCUAGCAGCCGUCGUACUCCAAAUCGGCUGCCGCCAGCUCCUCCGCAGUCUUCCUCUGCUUCCAAAUACUUCUAGCAUGGCAACUGAUAUUACUUGACGAUUCAUAUUGUGUCUCUGCAACAUUGGGUGAUAUUAAGCUCCACUUCGUGAUUCAUUUAGUGAUCUCCUCAAGUUCAAGUUCAUAUUUCUAGUAGAAACUUAGAAGUGGUGAGAGGUUUGUGUAUAUACAACAUUUCUCAGUCAGUUUAUACUGCUUUCUUCAUUAAUAUAAGACUAGAUUCAAGUUUUUUUACCCCCUUUUUCUUUUAAGGUUUUUUUCUUCACCAUUGCCCCAUCCAUUUUUGGACAAGAAAAAUGUAUUUGCAUGUAUUAGUUCUGAUUUUGUAUGUACUGUCAUCCAUUUCUGAUGGGUUAUAUAUAUAGUAUUCAGUUAUUUCUUAGUGAAAAAA